UUAUGUUCAUGUGAUUGUGUCAUCAAACGACAAACUUUGAAACUUGCAUUAAUUUUGUAUCAUAGAUUUCUACUAACGUAGUAUAUUCAUUUCAUUUAAUAAUUAAUACACAUGUAGGUACUUAUAUCCCAUACUAUAUUAAUGUACUAAUUUACAAUAUGUCUUACAAUUUUUGAUUUUAAUCAAUAAUCUCAGAGAUCAUUUGUAAUCAUGGUAUUUGAAUCUUUGGUGGCUGAUGUGCUCAACAGGUUCAUUGGUGAAUAUGUCGAAAAUUUAGAUAGUUCUCAGCUGAAUAUUGGAAUAUGGGGCGGAGAUGUUGUUUUAAGAGAUCUUAAACUAAAAGAAACAUGUUUAGAUAGUUUAGAUCUACCAAUCAGAACUAUUUAUGGGCAUCUUGGCAAGUUGGUUUUAAAAAUACCAUGGAAAAAUCUAUAUAGUGGUUCAGUAGAAGCAUCCAUUGAUAGUCUUUUCUUACUUGUGGUUCCAACACAAGAUGUUACAUAUGAUGUGGAAAAAGAAGAGAAAAACAAGCAGACAGCAAAACAAAAUGAAAUUUCAAGAAUAGAAAAUAUUAAGCUGUUGGAUCAACAAAAAAAUAAAAUAGAUCAAGAUAAUGUAAAAGAUUCUUUUGUUGAAAAGUUGGCUACACAGAUUAUCAGAAAUGUGCAAGUCAAUAUUAAAACAAUCCAUAUUAGAUAUGAAGACCGAGUAACGUUUCCUAAUAAUCCAUUUUCUUUUGGUUGUACACUUUAUGAUAUAACUUCUCAUUCAACUGAUUCAAAUUGGAAUAGAUUUAUUGAUAAAGGUCAAGAUCCUCUAGCAAUGAUUUUUAAGAUUAUCUCUAUGGAAGGGUAUGCUGUUUAUUGGAAUUCUAAAGGUAACUUAUUCACCGAACAACCAAGAGAAACAUACAAUGAUUCUUUCAUAAAUGGAAUACCAAAGAAAGAUGUUCUCCCUGAUGGUUAUGAAUAUUUAUUGGGUCCAAUUAACGCUAAAGCUAAAAUGAAAAUGAAUCCAAAACCAGAAUUAGAUGGCAGUGAUUAUAAAAUACCAAAAUAUUCUAUUUUUAUUGACAUGGAAAGCUUAAACAUAAGAAUUAGUAAAACUCAAUAUCAACAUUUAAUUAUGGCUGCAGAAUCUUUAGAUCGUUUGACUAAAGCAAUGCCUUACAGAAAAUACCGACCAUUAGUUAAAGAAUACAAAGGAAACUACAAAGAAUGGUGGAAAUUUGCAUAUAAAUGUGUAUUGGAAGAAGAUGUAAGAAGGAUCCAUAGAAAUUGGGAUUGGAUUCAUAUGAGUUCACAUAGAAAAUUAAUAAAAGAGUAUAGUAUUCUUUACAGACAAAAACUAGAAUCAAAAAAACCGUCAACCACAACAUUGAAUAGAAUAUCUGAAUUGGAAAAUAAUUUAGAUGUGAUGAAUAUUAUUUUGGCCAGGCAAAGAGUAGAAAAUAUAGUGGAAAGAGAAGGAAAAAUUCAAGAAGAAAUAAAAAAAGUAGAAUCAGAACGAGGCUGGUUUAGUUUUUGGCGUUCCAAAAAUGAUGAUGAUAAGGAAAAAGAAAAAGAUAUAAUUAAGCAAUUUGAAGAAGUUAUGAAUGUGAGUGAAAAAGAAAAAUUAUAUAAAGCAAUAGGUUACCAAGAAAGUUCAGCUACAACCAUAUACCCCGAAACAUUUGUAGACACAAUAUUUAAAUUUUGUUUACAUACAUUUGAAAUUUCUGUGUUUGACGAAGAAUUUACAUCUACUCAAAAAGUGUUGACAAUCUGCUUUAAAGAAUUUUCAUUGGAACUUCAAAGAAGAUUAACAGCUAAUGCUAUAAAAGUGGAAGCUUCUGGAGAAACAUUAUCAGUAUUAGGUUUACAACAAUUAAAUACUAUACCAAAACUUAUUAUCUCUAAAUCAGUUGAUCAAUACAAGAGCGCUCAGGAUUUAGCAUGUAGUCAAAAUAUUGAUCAAGAUACCAUUGACAAACAAAAGUAUUUAUUCAGUUUGUUGUUUGAAACAAAUCCUCUUGAUCAGAGCUGUGAUAGUAGGGUGAUAAUGUCAUUCAGACCUUUAAAAAUGGUCUAUGAUGCCCAAACAAUAAUUAAAAUUAUAAAUAUAUUUACAACACAACAAUCAAAUGUUACAACACAAUUACAAGCAGCAGCUGGUACAAAAUUAGCUGAGAUCAAAGAAAAAUCUGCUCUAGGUAUGCAACAUAUCAUAGAAGAACAUAAAAGACUUGAAUUAAAGAUUGAUAUGAUGCCAUCUUACAUUGUUAUACCGCAUGGUGGAUUUUACAGAAAAAACCAGUCUUUAUUGGUUUUUAAUUUAGGUUGCUUAAAAAUAAAAUCCAAACCACAAACUAUUGAGGAUUUAGUAAGUAUACAUUCAAUGCAUAAAAAAGGAGCAUCACAAUCUGAAGUUUUACAAGAAAUAGUCAAUCGUAGCUAUGAUCGCUAUUACAUUGAAUUAGAAAAUGCUCAAAUAUUAAUUGCUAAUAAAGGUGACAAGUGGAAAAAUAAAUUUAAUGAAUCGUUUCAAAAUGAACUUUAUAUUCUGAAACCAACCACGUUAUCUAUUCAAGUUGAAAAAUGUUUAAUAACAGAUGAUCCUCGUUUGCCAUUACUGAAAGUAACUGGAGAACUUCCAGCAAUUGAUAUAAAAGUUGCAGAAAAUCGAAUUUUGGAUGCUUUGUCAGUGUUUUUAAGUGUUCCUUUACCAAAAAAAACUCAAGGAUCAGAAAAUAACCCUCAUGAUUUUGAUAUACUUGGUUCAGCAAUGUCAUUGCGUCAAAAAAUUGAUUCAUUCAAUAUGACCAAAAAUUUAACCAGUCAAAGAAAAGAAGCAGAAAAAUCUUCUGAUAUAAAUGUGCAAUUUACAUCAUUAGAUGUUAAAUUAGUUCUUAAACGUUUAUCAAUCAAAGUAUUAUCUUAUGAUGAUAAAGGUUCUUGGUUAAGUCCAUUAUUAGACUUUAAUUUACUUACCCUAGAACUGUCAUUAACACAACAAUCAUUUAAUACGAAUAUUGCUUUGAAAUUGGGUAGACUAUUUUUAGCUCAGUAUUAUAAAGACACCAUCAUACCUUUAGUUGACACACCAAAUGAAGAUGAAAACCAGUACCUUUUACUUAUGAAGUAUACUCUAGUCGAUAAAAACUCUCCAGAAUUUUAUACUAAUGAUAAUGUAUUGCAACUACUUGAAUUAAACUUCACUAAGUUAUUAGCAACAGCCAAUAGAGAUGCGCUGCUUUACUUUUUUGACUGGAUGAAUAAUGUCAGUUCUAAUAUAACAAACAUGCAAAAACAGUAUAAUUAUAUCCCAGAACCUUCAUUGCAAGUUCAAAAACCUAACAAACUCAAAAGAAUGCAUUUAGUUUCUAAUGCAUUGUCAACUAUUCUUGAAGAAUCUGCUGCAAGUAAAGUUCAACAAUUGAAUAAAAUAUUAACUGAAGACAAAGAUAUCAAAGAUUUAAAAUUAGUAGCUAAAAUAGGUGAAAUACAACUUAUCAUUGUAUCUGAAGCUGAAGAUUUAGCUCAUAUGCUUAUAACUAAACUAGAGUCAUGUGUCGAAAUUAAAAAAUCAGAUAUUCAAGUUGAUGCUAAAUUACAAAAUAUUAGUGUUUUUGAUCCAUCAUCAGAUACAAUUUAUAAACACAUUAUUCAUGUAGCUGAAAAUGAUGAAGCUUUCAAAUUUAAAAUGAUCAUGUAUAAUGAACAAUAUCUUAUUGAUUAUGAUUCACCAGAAAUUUUUAUAUCAAUUUCAUCAGGAUGUAUAAAAUGUGUAUUUUUAAAUCAUUUUACGACCAAGUUAUUAAGCUUUAUAAAUCAUUUCCAAGCGGGAAAAGCUGCUGUUUAUGAAGCAGGGGCUGCUGCAGUAGCUACCGCUAAAAUGAAUGUGAAAUCUGCUACUCGUGUUGCUCUUAAAAUUAAUCUUAAAGCUCCAGUUAUUGUAGUACCACAAAAUUCUUUUAGUUUGGAAGCAUUAUGUUUUGAUUUUGGAUAUUUAUCUAUUACUAACUCAUUUUUGGUUAUUCCCAAAGGAACUGAUCAUAUUCCAGCAGUUAUUGAUCAAUUGAGCUUAAAUUUACAAAAUCUUAAAGUAUCUAGAGUAAAAUUGAACGAUGCUAUUAAAUAUUUUGUGUUUGACUGUCUAUUGUUACAACCUAUUACAUUUUCUCUUAUUGUAAAACGUAAUUUGUCAUCAGCAUGGUAUACUGAUCAUCCAGAUUUUGAUAUUGUGGCUAAAUUUGACUCCAUCAAAGUAACUGUUAGUCAUAUUGAUUACAUUUUAGUAAUGAAGGUAUUAAAUGAAAAUCUGAAUGAAGGAAAAGAUGAUGUGGCUUCUCCUGAUAAUCAACCAUAUUUAAGCACAUCUCAAAAUAAUUCAAAUGAAAUCAAAGUAAUUGUCGAUGUUGAAAAAAACAAAUCCCAGUCUCAAGAAAUCAGAACAUUAGCAAAGUUUGAAUUUUCUGUAAAAAAUAUCAUACUAGAGCUAUUUAAAGAAGGCCCUGAUAAGAAUGGUUUACAAAUUAAGAAUAAUAGUAUGGGACAAUUUAUGUUUUCCUCAUUAACUGUGGAUGGAUCUAUGCAGACAGAUCUUUCAUUAGCUCUGACAUUAUAUUUGUUAGAUGUAACACUAGAUGACACCCGAGUAAAUAAAUCUCCUGGAAAUAAGGUAGUACGUUAUAUGGAGAGAAAGAAGAGUAAUUUUGAAAAUGAAAGUUUGAAAAAUACUAUUGACAUGAAAUACAAACAAACCCUUGCUGGAUCUGAUGUUCAACUGAACAUUUUUAGUUUUAACUUAAUAUUUAAUGUGGAAUAUAUUCAAUACCUGUUGAAUUUCUUUAUAUUGCCAUCUCAAAAUCAAGAUUUAGUAACAAAUGAUGUAAUAAAGAAUGCCAAACAAAAUAUCACGAAAGAGAAACCAAAUGCCAUUCAACAAAAAGAAAACAAUAAAACGCUUUUGUUGAAAGUACAAUUAGAAAAACCUGAUAUUAUAUUGGUUGAAAGUUUGGAUGACAUUAAUACAAAUGCAAUUAUUAUGAAUACUGAAGCCACAUUGAAACUGCGCAUGUCUACUCCAACUCGUCAAACUAUAAAUGGAGAAAUUAAAGAUUUACAAUUAUAUUCUUGCUGCUAUAAUCCUAUUAGAAGAAAAGACACAAUGAAUCAAAUAUUAAGGCCAGUCACCAUAAAUGUUAUUGGUUCAACACCUGAUGAUACUUGUCUUAACAUUGAUGUGACAAUGACUCCUUUAAUAAUAUCAGUUACACCAGCUAAUAUUGAAAUGUUAAAUCGUAUAAAUCAAAGUUUAACUGAAAAAAAAGAAAAUUUAUCUGAAGAACCAAAGUAUGAGGAACAAAAAUAUGAAGAUCUGUGGAAUAAAACAAUGUUUAAUGAUUCAGAAUUCUGGUUUUUAAAAACUGAGUUAGGUGUUGAAGCUAGUAAUUUAGACAAAGAUGAUGUAUUACCUGUAUUAAAGAAAAGUGAAGUUUGUAUUAUAUCUAUUCCUUCUAUAGUUUUUACCAUUGAAGCAGGAAUUGGUACUAAAACAAUGCCAAUGUUAUUAACCGAGUGUACAUUUAAUGGUUCUAUAAAUAAUUGGAGCUCAAAGUUAUCUGUAGCAGGAGAAUUGACAAUGCAAAUGAAUUAUUAUAACAGCCGAUUAGCUCUUUGGGAGCCAUUUAUUGAGCCUGUUGAGGUUGAAUCUACUAUUAGUACUAAAUAUAAACCAUGGUUACUUGAACUGAAGUUGGAGACUUUUGACCAAAAUCGAAGUCCUCAAGAAGAAGUAUUUCAAAGGAAGCCAACAAUGAAAAUUUCUUUGAUAUCAUAUGAAACUAUUGAAAUAACUAUGACAAAAACUGCUUUAGAAGUUUUGACCAGUUUAGGUAAAGCUUUUAAUGAAGCAAUUACAGCAGAAAUACCACUUUCGAAAAGAAUUGAAGCAGCUCCAUACGUAGUGCAGAAUAAUCUUGGAUUUGAUAUAACUAUUAUGAUAUCAAAUACACCAUUUAAAUUGUAUAAUGCAAAUACCAGUGAUGAAGUUGGUGAUAAUACUGUUCUAAAAGAUCGAGAACAGAUCAGUCUUUGUCUUAAAAAUGAUGAUUCGGUAUCAGAUCAUUUACGUCAGAAUAGAAUAACUGAAAGAUCUUUAAAAAUUAAGAUUCAAGAAAACAAUAAUGUUACAGAAUUUAGUUUACCACUAAUAAAGGCAGACAAAAGAUAUUUUAAUAUUAAACAUAAAUUAAGUACUGUAAAUGAACCAUGGGGAUUAGUAACUGACACUCAAGUAAUUAAUGGCAGCAUGGUUGUAACACUGAGAAGUGUUGUACAAGUUCAUAAUCACUUCAAUGAAAACAUAUUUCUUUAUUAUAAGAAACAAGGGAAAUUGAAAAUGAUCGGUAAAGCAAAACCUAACAAACCAUUCAAUUUACCCGUUCAUUCAAUUUAUUCACAAACCAAAGAAAUAUUAUUUUGUCCAGAAAAAUAUCAAAUAUGUGUUAAAUCUUUUAUUUGGAAAGAUAUCCAACCAGUUAUGAAAAUACGUGCAAUGCUGCAGUGUCCACCAAAUCAAGUUGAAGACAGAGACCCAUUUUUUAUACAAUUAUUAGGAAAUAUGGAACAUAUAUAUUUCGAACACACUGAUCGAUAUUUGAUGUCUAGUAAUUGCUAUAAUAUUCAUUUAUAUCCUACAGUUAUAUUAGUCAAUGCUCUACCAGUAAAUUUGGAUUGUUUAAUGCAAGGUGAUUCUGAAUUAAAAACAUUGGCUCCUGGAGAAAAAAUAAACUUACCAAUUGUAGAAAUUGGCUAUUCUUGUCUUACACUGCAGAUAAAAUAUUUAGAUAAAUAUUGGGAUUGCAAAUGUACAGUUGAAGAACAUCCAGAUGAAUUUUCCAUUUGGUCAUUCUUAAAUAAUGAAGAUAAACCCGAUACAAAUACAAAUAUUAUACAUUUUGGCGUUCGAACAGAAUUUCACGAAGGAGGAACACAUAUCAAAACACUUUAUUGUCCAUUUUGGAUGAUCAACAAGACUGGAAAAAUUCUUACUUAUAAGGCUGUUGAUGAUGAGGCAAACAUGUUACAACAUUCUUCAAAUCCUACAGAACCUUUAAUGUGGUCGUUUAAAAAAAAGAUAUUUUUUGCGAAUAAAAAAGCUUUUGUUAAAAUUGAAUCAGGUCAAUGGUCUGAUAAAUUUUCUUUGGAUGUGGCUGGAAACUCUGGAUCAAUUAUGUGUAAAUCAAAUAACAUUCUAUAUCAAAUGGGUGUACAUAUCCAACUAACUAACAAUUCUUUAACAAAACAAGUUACAUUUACUCCAUUUUACAUCACAUAUAAUCAAUGUCCAUUUGCUAUAGACAUUCAAGAAAUGAAUAAGUUGCAACAAAGUUGGAUUAAAGUGGAUCCAAAUAGUUGUAUGCCAUUUUGGCCUCAAAAUAUUACUGAUAAACUGAAUUUAGACAAAAUAUUUAUUUUUCGUAUAACUGGUACAUUAGAUGCUUCUACACCAUUACCAUAUUAUAAAUCAAGAAGUGAUUUAAUACGGCUCCGAAAUAAAUAUAGUGCUGUUCAAGUGGAUAUUCAGAUGACAGAAGGUGGAACUUAUAUAACAUUUAGUCCAUACAUGGAGGGGAUGGCACCUGCUUUAAUUAUAAAUCACACAGAAAGUUACCUCAAGUUUAUUGAACACGAUUUAUCAGAAUAUUUAGAUGAAAUAAAAAUAUUACCCCCUAGACAUAAAAUGUUCUUUGCAUGGACUACUCCAACAGAUAACCCUAUCAUUUAUUGGAAUAUGAUGCAGAAUCAAGCGGAUUUAAGAAAGGAUGGUGUAGGGACAUUCAAUCAUGACGAUGGCAUUAAAGUGUAUUGGAUUUCGUUUUUAGAUGGUAUACAACGUAUUCUUAUGUUUACUACUGAUGCUAGUAUUGCCGAAGAAUGUCAAGCUUCGAGCAAACUUGAAAUAAUAAAUAGAGAAAUACUAAUUUCUAUACAUUCGUUGGGCUUAUCAUUGGUGAAUAAUGAUAUUUGUAUGGAAUUGAUGUACCUGAGAAUUGGAAGUUCUGGAGUAAUAUGGGAAACAAAAAAAUUAAAUGGUUCUCGUUACACACCAAUGACACAAAAAGAAUGUGAAUUGAUUGAAACAUCUUAUAUACGCUAUACUCGAAUGUUAGCAAUUGGUGAAAAUGAACCUAUUGUCUUCAUUAAAGAAUUAAAUAUUGAGGUGAAUUUUGCUGAAAAUAUUGUUACAAAACCUUCUAAAAAAAAUAUUAGACGAAUUUACAAUACUGGAUUUUGGCUUAAUUUGCAGUCAUCUGAUUAUACAUCUCAGAUACAUGCUAAAAUAAAUAACUUGCAAAUUGAUAGUCAAAUAGACAAUUGUAUUUUUCCUGUUGUAUUUGCUCCAGUACCACCACCAAAAACAAUUGCACAAACGGAACGAAAACCAUUUGUGGAGCUUAGCAUUGUCGAACGAUUGAAUAAAUAUAGUUCAGUUAAACAAUAUAAAUAUUAUAAAUUGCUUAUUCAAGAAUUUCAUAUUAAACUUGAUAUUGGUUUUAUCAAUGCUAUCAUAAAAAUGACUGAAAAAUAUGAACUCUCUGAAGAAGAAAGGUUAACUAUGUUCAAUGAAGAUUUAACAUAUGCCAGCAAGCCAUUGCAAUCUCAAAUGAUAACCCUCUCUUUACAAGAACAAAAAAAUUAUUAUGAUAUGCUUCAUUUUUCACCACUUAAGAUACAUGUUACAUUUUCAUUAACUGGAGAUGAAUUAGAAAAUAUUCCUCCAAUUAUUAGUAUUAUCUUGCAAAGUAUUGGUGUUACCAUAACUAGUGUUCAAGAUGUUGUUUUAAAGUUGGCAUUUUUUGAAAGACAGUAUGUUUUGCUUAAUCAGCGACAGUUAAUGAUGGAAGCUCAACAUCAUUAUGUCAGUCAACUAAUAAAACAACUUUAUGUACUUGUCUUGGGUCUUGAUGUGUUGGGAAAUCCGUUUGGUUUGGUAUCAGGCUUUAAGCAAGGAGUUGAAGAUUUGUUUUAUGAGCCUUUCCAAGGUGCAAUUCAAGGCCCUGAAGAAUUUGCUGAAGGUUUAGUAUUGGGAGUAAAGAGUUUAUUUGGACAUACAGUUGGAGGUGCAGCAGGAGCAGUUGGAAGAAUAACUGGGGCUAUGGGGAAAGGUAUUGCUGCUUUAACAUUUGACAAAGAUUAUCAAAAAAAACGGCAAGAAAUAAUGAAUCAGCAACCGAGUAAUAUACCAGCUGGAUUAGCUCAAGGGGGCCGAGGUUUUGUUUUGGGUGUUGUCGAAGGUGUGGAAGGUGUCUUCGAGAAACCUAUCAGUGGUGCUCGUAGUGAUGGAAUUAAAGGAUUUUUUAAAGGAGGUUGUAAAGGAAUGGUUGGCCUUGUCGCUAGACCUUUAUCUGGAGCAUUAGAUUUUACUAGUGGAACAUUGAACACCAUAAAACGGGUUACUGAUACAACAUCAGAAGUGCAACGUGUUCGUUUACCAAGGUUUUUCAGAGAAGAUAAACAAGUGCGACCAUACAAUAAACGAGAAGCAGAAGGAUAUAAACUUUUAAAGAUCGCUGGAAAAGGGGUGUAUAAACUAUCAGAUAACUAUAUUUAUCACAUACAAACUAUGCCUACUGAUAAAGAAAUUUUCAUUGUCACGUCACAAAGAGUAAUGUAUAUUACUCGGAGUUACUGGACUGGCUCAUAUAAAAUUCAAUGGGAGUAUGUUUGGUCUGCUAUGACUAGACAUCCAAAAAUAAAACAAAAUGGAAUAUCACUUUAUGGAAAACAUAAUAACAAUUUACAUCGAUGGUKGUGUUUCAAAGUUAAGCAGUCAAAUGUUAAAUUUAUUUUGAUAUCAGAUCCUGAACUAUGUUCUUGGAUAGUUGAUAAAAUUAAUGAGCUUAUGGAAAGUGAUGAUCCAGAUAUGAAAUCCACACAAUCUUCUAAUGUGUCACUUAUUAAUAGUUUAGAAGAUUAA